AUGAAUAAAGUUGAUCAAAUCAUUGGUUUCAAAAAGUACGAGGUGAAACUACCCAAAGACAGGCAAGUAACGAAGAAUAAGUUAAAAAGUGGAAAUGGUAACCAAAUAGAUACUAAAAGGGAAAAGGAAAAUGUAAAGACCUUUGGUGAAGAAAGAAAGAAGUUUUUGGAGAAAAUGGCCAAGAAUAAAAGGAAGAAUCCAAAUAAAAAAGAUAAAGAAAAGUCAAAAGAAGCAGAAAAAGAUAAUUGCAAAAGGGACGACAAGAAGUUAAAAGAACAAAAAAAACUGCCAUUGAUAAGAGACUUUCGUUUUAAAGAACCGCACUCCGCAACUAUUUAUCAAAGUGCCCCAGUUGAAAAUACUAAAGCUGAACCUCAACCUGGACUUGAUUUUGAUAUGGAUCAGAGACCUGAGUCCAAAAUAAUGAUAGAUCAAGCCAUUCAAACAUCUAGCCCUCUAAAUUCGCAACUUUCGGAACUCUUCAACGAUGAUAUCCGUAACCUUUCUAAAGAUAGUAUAUUUCCUUUCCAAGAUACAAAGUUCACCUCGUGGGAGCGUCGUUGGUCGAACUGCAGUACGACCAGUAACGCGACCACGGUUUCAUCAAUCCCGGACCCUAAAUAUCAUCUUAGCUACAACGACCUACCCUCGUUCAAUGCAGUAACGCCAAUUGCUCAAGAUAAUAUCAUCUCCGCGCCAUCUCCUGGUCAGGAUGAGGGUGCCAAAAAGUUACUGCAGCAAGAGAUAAAAUACUCAAACAUGGUCAAGAGCGUCAUUUUUGAGCUUGAAAUGCUGUGUAUGGAUGAAUCACCCGCUUCAGAUACAGGAAUAACUGGCCAACAAGAGUCGCGUUGGUCGGUAUUUCCCACUUGUUGUGAUCAAACUUCCAGUUAG